UGUAUAUUAUAAUACAGCUUACAAAGUUUUGAGAGGUGUUCAGCAACAAAUGGACAUUAUUUAUACUUUUAACGGAUUGAUACAAUUUGGGUGUUGUUCGGUCACUUCCGCAUUAACAAAAACAGUUGAAAACGUGGUUUCUAUUUCUCUACCCCAAACUAUUAAGCAAUCACAAUGAUCUCAAACAAGUCAAAAUGUGAAGUCUGCCUGGAGACUUUACACAAAUACAAAUGCCCAGUAUGUUUACUGAAGUACUGUUCAGUGGGAUGUUAUAAAGAACAUAAAGAAAAAGAAUCAUGCAUCCCAAAAAUUACAGCGGUCAGUGCAUUGGAAACAGACAAGCCCACACCACAAACUAAUGUCUCAGAUUUUCUCCUUGGUGAAAAUGCAACAGCGGAUCAGGUAUCAUUAGAAAAGCUGAAAAUGUUGGGACAAUCUGACGAAGUUCUUCAUCUCCUCCAGAAUCCCCAUCUGCGGACUUUGAUGCAGAAUUUGGACAAGUCGGAAAAUCCUACCACGAGUACUGACAAAGCAAUGCAUGAACCUAUAUUCCUUGAAUUUGUGGAUGCUUGUUUGAAUGUUGUGGAACCUGAUAGGCCAAUGGAUGUAAAUAAAUGAUUUGAAUCCAUA